GCGGCGCAAGGCAGGAGGAAGAAAGCCUGGGAGCUGGUGAAGGAGCUGUGGGCCCGGUAGGAAAGAGCAAAUCCCGGUGACACUCUCAGGAAUGUCUUCCUUAAGUGGGAAAGUACAAACUGUUUUGGGCCCUGUCGAACCAAGCAAACUGGGACGCACGCUGACCCAUGAGCAUUUGACAAUGACCUUUGACAAUUUUUACUUCCCACCUCCUCCAUGCCACGAGGCUAUCUCCAGGGAACCCAUCACGAUGAAAAAUUUAUUUUGGAUUCACCAGAAUCCUUAUUCUCAUCGAGAAAACCUCCAGUUGAAUCAGGAAGUAGAAGCCAUAAAGGAAGAACUGUUGUAUUUCAAGGCUCAGGGAGGAGGAGCCUUGGUGGAGAACACGACCACUGGGCUCAGCAGGUCCCUGCACACACUGAAGUGGCUGGCAGAGCAGACUGGAGUCCAUAUCAUAGCUGGAGCUGGCUUUUAUGUUGAUGCAACGCACUCUGCAGCGACCAGGGCCAUGUCAGUGGAGCAGCUCACAGAUGUCCUUAUUAAUGAAGUUCUCCAUGGAGCUGAUGGAACCUGUAUCAAGUGUGGAGUCAUUGGAGAGAUUGGGUGCUCCUGGCCUUUGACUGACAGUGAGAGAAAGGUACUCCAGGCCACAGCUCAUGCCCAGGCUCAGCUUGGCUGUCCUGUAAUCAUCCAUCCUGGACGGAGCCCGUGUGCACCAUUUCAGAUCAUCCGUAUAUUGCAGGAAGCAGGCGCAGACAUUUCCAAAACAGUCAUGUCCCACCUGGACAGGGUCCAUUUCCUGGUGGAUGAGGGCUACGAAGAUCGGAUUCUCAUGGCGCAUGACAUACACACGAAGCACCGAUUGAUGAAGUAUGGAGGUCAUGGCUAUUCGCAUAUACUCACCAACAUUGUUCCUAAGAUGCUCCUGAGAGGUAUAACAGAGAGGGUACUUGAUAAGAUACUCAUAGAAAACCCUAAGCAAUGGCUGACUUUUAAAUAAAUGGCUGUUCAUGAACCCAGACCCAGAGAAGAAAAUUUGCCAAGAAUAUUUGGUGAUUUCAAGUCUAUUGGGGGCAUUAAUCCAAGCUACACAGGACCAAUGACUGAUCACUUCCCUCCUAUGAAAAGCCAGAUAACUAUCUCAGGGAAAUCUCUAGUGGGGACCCCUAGGCUCACGUGAGUCCUAUUGUCUUUCCUUAAUAAAAUAAACAUAGAAGAGUGUGUUUCCAAACAAUAAUUUAAAGCUAUAUCCCCUAAGAAUCAUUUAGGAUGUCUUCCCCCCCCCCUCCUCUUAUCUGUACUACUUGAGAAAAAUUAAAGUGUUUCUAGCUAAGUUGCCCCCUUCUGGAGCACUCUAAUGUUUCUUGUAAUAUUGAUGAUCCUACUAAUUAUCCUGCUGUUCUUUAAUUAAUGCUUAAUGAAUAAUGUGGCAUUUUAAAAUCACUUUUGCAACAAGGGAAGUUAAAUUUUGAGACUUUUUUUUCCCAAAGGAGACUGCAAUAAGAUUACCAGUUCACAAUAACAAAAUUAUUUUGGAAGAUUAACUAUGUGGUUUCCACCUAUCUGUGUAAAGUUAUAAUAAAUCGGUUUUGCUGA